ACAAAAUGACUAGUGGACAAAAUGAUUGGUGGACAAAAUGAACGGUGGACAAAAUGAACGGUGAACAAAAUGCAUAGACACGAUUUCGGUCCCUGUCAGACGCUCCACUCCAUUCGAUUAAUUCUAAAAUCGCGAUUCAAGAGUUAAAGUGGAUGAAAAAUUGAAACUAUACAAUUAUCGUUUCAUUGAACUGUCAGACACGAGUGUUUCAUUUUUACUGUUUCGGAAUGUUUCCUUCUUUUAUUCCUGGCAAAUCUUCGAUAAUGGGUCAUCUUCUCCUGGUUUCUGCCGCGGUUGUGCUGGCCUGCUGCAUACCUGGCACCCUCACGUGUGCUAAAACUGGACUCAGCGUGGAGAAAAUUAAUCGGAUCUUGAACGAAGCGAAGCAACGUAACGGGAACGGAACCAUGCAUCUUCAGGGUUACGGCCGCGGUCCGACGUCCCAGGAAUAUCCGAUAGCGGAAUGGCCGCCGGGGACUGAGAUUAUUCGCGCGCCAGAGGGUGGCACACUGGUCAUCUUCUGCAACAACAGCCACAACACGAACAACACAGAGGUUUUCCACUCCGACAUUCCGCCGGCUUUCAGACGCAACGGAGUGCUGAUCCCCCUUUCAGAUUUUGAGAUAGCCAGAAGAGGGUUCGAAGAAGUGAACUAUUGUUGCAACCGCACGAAUGGUAACAAUCCGCUGGAAUACGGAGUGGAGGGCAAAGUGUACGAUCUGGUCACGAGUGCCUUUUCCAUUGCGUUACCGAAAUUUUCGUACGCGGCCACGGGACUGUACGAGUGCCUGCACUCCAAUGGGCACCAGCUGGUGGUGACGCAGCGCUACUGGGUUAGUGCGACCCUCUUCCGCAACAAGGUCUUCGAUCCGCCCAUGAAGAACCUCACGAUCCGAUACGGCGACCCGGCGGAAUUGGUCUGCGCGGUGCGCUUCAAUUUCCUCCCAGGGUAUCUCACCAACCGGUUCCUGUGGCGCGCCGGAAACUACUUGCUGAUGGCUAAGUCCAUUCCGGAGGUGGCCGAUAAGAUCGGGUCAUGGUGGGGAUUUUAUGGGCGUGUUGACUUCGGCAAGGAUCAACAGGGUCGCUGCAACUCCACCUUGAAGAUCGACCGUGUCACAUGGAGAGACGCCGGACUGUACGAGUGUUGGUUCCGCAUCAACGAUCGCCUCGACGAGUGGAUCGUUCAAGAAGCCUACCUGCACGUUAUCUAACCGGAGCCACCAUUCAGCUUGCGGUUCGGCAACGCGUGUACAUAGAUCUUGUUGUUCUGAAUCUGCAACAGUUCGUUUUUACGUUGGAAUAGUCAAGAUUUUUUUGUUGGAGCGUUAUUGUUUUGACUCGGGAAUAAGCAGGGCUUUUGACUCGUUGGUAUUUAUUACUGUAGCGUAGCGCAGUGGCACCGAUGCCACGAGAUUGUCUGUCCUCUGUGACCUUGGUGUCCAGCAUGGCAACUGCAGUAGCAGCAUGCCAUUGUUGUUAUGUUGUCGACAAUCAGUUGGUUGUUUGCGCCCUCAGUGGUGGUUCAUAAUAUAUGUAUUAUGCCGCCACCUCAAGUGACAAUUACUUUG